AUGUGGCGAGGUGACGUGGGUGUGCGUGGACACGCUGGGCAUGCGCACGGCUCGCUGGUGGCGACGGGAACGAGCCCGCACGACGAGUCGGAGGAGGAGCGGUCUGCCAAGGCGAGGGUGACCUGGCUCGGUGUUGUGGCCAAUGUGGCGCUGGCGGCGGCCAAGGGCGGCGUGGGCAUGGUGGCACACUCGCCGGUUCUGGUGGCAGAUGCGGUGCACUCGGUGUCGGAUCUGGCCUCGGACGCCGUUGUCCUCAUCGGAUCGCGAGUGGGGACAGCACCCGCCGACGAUGGCCACAAGUACGGCCACGGCCGGCUGGAGACGUUGGCCACGCUGACGGUGGCUUCGUUUCUGGUGGCGACUGGCGGGGCGAUUGCCUGGAAUGGCGCCGAGGCGCUGCUCCCGCUGUGGGGGCUGAUGACCGACGCGGCCGGGCAAGCUGCCGACGGACACGGACACGGUCACGGACACGUCCACGGCAUUGUGGGUGCUGAAGCGGUGGCUGAUGAGGGUCUGGCGGCGAGCAUGUCGUCGUCGAUGCUUUGGCUUGGGCUCUCGACCGCGGUUGUCUCGAUCGCCACCAAGGAGUGGCUGUACGCAGCGACGCGCAAGGUGGCUGACAAGUUUAAGUCUGAGCUCCUACUCGCCAACGCGUGGCACCACCGGACCGACUCGCUCUCGUCGGUGGUGGCGCUAGUGGGGCUUGGCGGGGUGGCGGCCGGCCUGCCUUGGCUUGAUCCGAUCGGCUCGAUGGUGGUCGCCGGAAUGAUUGUCCACGCCGGCGGCUCGAUCUCGAUAUCUGCGCUCCGUGACCUGACCGACUCGACGGUUCUCUCUGCCGAGGAGGCCGGCGCGCUCCAGGAGGCAAUGGAACAGGUGUCGGGUGUGCGCGCGGUGCGCGAGCUGCGCCAUCGGCGGCUCGGCUCGUACCUCGUCGGGGACGUCACCGUGCAGGUUGAUCCACGGGCGACCGUGUCCGAGGCACACGUGGUAGCCGUGGCGGCGCAGAGCGCGGCCAUGGCGACCAUUCCCAUGCUCAAGGACAUGGUAGUCCACGUCGAGCCGUACGGCAUGGGCGAUCACGACCACGCCAUGCUCGAUGAGCGGGUCUUCCCCUCGUCGCUCUCACUCGAGACGCUCAAGGCGACGGUGGCCGGCGCUGUGCCAGCGGCGGUGGCGGGCAUCGCCAGCGUCUCGCACGUCGAGUGUCAUGUCGAGGACGGCGGCCUUGCGCUGACCAUCACCCUCGAGCUCGAUGACAGCGAAGCGUUGGAGCCGGUCCGGGUCGUUGGCCACGGCGUCAAGCACGCUGUCCACGACGCGCUCGGCGAGACAACCGUCAUCCGUUCUGUCGACAUCCACUUUGAGGGCUGACGA